ACAGAGCAUAUGGAGGAGAACAGUACACUUGUAAGUGUUAACGAGAGUGCUGAUUGACUAUAUAUACAUUUGAUAACUCUACGUUUAUUUCAGGGUUAAGACUAAUUAUUUCCCGUUUCUGGUAGUGCAGAACUGAAAAAUAUGGAAAGGUGGCAGGGACGAGUUGCUGUUGUGACCGGAGCCAGUGCUGGUAUAGGAGCUGCCAUAGUGGAGGACUUGGUGGAGAGUGGCAUGGUAGUGGUGGGUCUGGCCAGGAGGGAAAACCUUUUGCUUGAAAUUCAGGACAAGCUGAAGGGGAAAUCGGGCACCUUUCAUCCAAUAAAAGCUGACAUCACGAAAGAAGAGGAUUUUAAUAAAGCAUUUGAGUGGAUAAAAGAACACCUAGGUGGUAUAGAUGUUUUGGUGAAUAAUGCAGGUGUCAUCAUAACAAGCUACAUCUCUGAUUGCAACAUUGAAGAAUGGCGUAAGAUGUAUGAGUUGAAUGUUUUUGCUGUUGGAGCAUGUUCACGAGAAGCAGUCAAGUCAAUGAGGGAACGUAACGUUUGUGGGCAUGUCAUCAAUAUUAACAGCAUUUCUUCUCAUUGGAUUCCAAACUUUCCUGGAAUUUCUCCCUAUUCUUCAACCAAGCAUGCAGCCAAGGUCAUCGGUGAAGGUCUUAGAAUAGAUCUUUCAUCACAAAAUUCUAAAAUUAAAGUUACUAGUAUUAGUCCAGGUCUUGUAGAUACGGAGAUGCUUGAUUCAUUCAAAGAAGGCAAAAAUCUCAACAUUUCCUUUGAAAUUCUCACUGCCAAGGACGUCGCAGAUGCUGUCCAUUACGUCCUGGGCACACCUCCUAAUGUUCAGGUCACUGAGUUAAUAAUACGGCCAAUUGGAGAAGGAGUUUAAGGAAUUUAACAUCAUUUACUUUUGCCAGUCAAUCUGCCUUCAUCUACAUUUGGCUCUCUUGCAUUUAUCCACCUCUUAUUCUACCUCAUACUGUAUUUAUAAUAAUGAUAUUGUUUGAUUCCGUAA